AUGCCGCCCAAGACUUCCGGAAAGGCCGCCAAAAAGGCUGGCAAGGCUCAGAAGAGCAUUGAGGGUGAUAAGAAAAAGAAAAGGAGGAGGAAGGAAAGUUAUUCUAUCUACAUCUACAAGGUACUGAAGCAGGUCCACCCCGACACUGGUAUCUCCUCCAAGGCCAUGUCCAUCAUGAACUCCUUCGUCAACGACAUCUUUGAGCGCAUCGCUGCCGAGGCUUCCCGUCUGGCCCAUUACAACAAGCGCUCUACCAUCACCUCCCGGGAGAUCCAGACUGCUGUCCGCCUCCUGCUGCCUGGUGAACUGGCUAAGCACGCCGUCUCUGAGGGCACCAAGGCCGUCACCAAAUACACAUCCUCCAAGUAAACUGGCAAAGUUUUGCUUGGCAGGCAUUCUGUGUA